GAGGCGGGGGCGGCCUGGCAGCCGGGUGGAGUUCAUUUCUUUUGUUCCUGGGAGCUGAAUAGGAGAAAGGGACAUUUCAGGUUAACUUGAUAAAGGUCACCCAGCGGGGAAUGCUCCUGUUUUGUUUAAAGCACAGAAGUGACAAGAAGUUUUCUUGAAUAUUGGGAAUUCUGCAGGUUUAAUCUCCUCUUGGCAAGUCCUAAUAGUCUUGCUCCAAGCUCUGACUGGGAGGAAACAGAAUUAAAACAAGAAGCUUGAAGGCUUGCUGGCAGACUCGUCUGAGGAUCUGACAGAGGCGAAGCACAGGACUAUAAUUGAAAUAAGAAAAGAAAAAGAAACAGAAGAACACAGGCAAAUCAGAAUCACUACUCUCCUGCAGCAAUGGGUUGGCUGGAAGAAUCAAACUGGCAGCUUCACAUUUCCUUGAUCAUGCUACUUUCCAUGCACACCAAGGCCAAUGGUCUAGACAAACCGUAUUUGCGGAGUUCUGGACAAUUGAACUUGGAGAACAGAAAGGAAGAUGGUGAGAGUACGGCACCUGCUCCUCCCCAGAAGCCACUGCAGUGUCACUGCAAUCACCACUGUCCAGAGGACUCAGUCGACAGCACCUGCAGGACGGAUGGCUACUGUUUCACCAUGGUAGAAGAAGAUGAAUCUGGAGGACGUACAAUUGCUUCAGGAUGCCUAGGCUUAGAAGGCUCAGACUUCCAAUGCCGGGAUACACCCAUAAUACAUCACAGAAGAACUAUUGCAUGCUGCACAGACGAAGAUUUCUGUAAUGAAAACCUUCACCCUACGCUGCCACCACUGAAAAAUAGAGAUUUUGUUGAAGGAAACAUUCACCAUAAGGCCUUGCUGAUCUCAGUGACCGUUUGCAGUAUACUCCUGGUACUUAUCAUCAUAUUCUGUUACUUCAGGCAUAAAAGGCAAGAAACCAGACCUCGUUACAGCAUUGGACUUGAACAGGAUGAGACUUACAUUCCUCCAGGGGAAUCCCUGAAAGACUUGAUUGAACAGUCUCAGAGCUCAGGAAGUGGGUCUGGGCUCCCUCUGCUGGUCCAAAGGACUAUAGCAAAGCAGAUUCAGAUGGUGAAACAGAUAGGUAAAGGUCGCUAUGGAGAAGUUUGGAUGGGAAAGUGGCGUGGAGAAAAGGUAGCUGUAAAAGUGUUCUUCACCACUGAGGAGGCCAGCUGGUUCAGAGAGACAGAAAUCUAUCAGACUGUCCUGAUGAGGCAUGAAAACAUUUUGGGGUUCAUUGCUGCGGACAUUAAAGGUACAGGGUCUUGGACCCAACUGUAUCUUAUCACAGACUACCAUGAGAAUGGCUCCCUGUAUGAUUAUCUGAAAUCCACUACCUUAGAUUCAAAAGCCAUGCUAAAACUGGCCUAUUCCUCUGUUAGUGGUUUGUGCCACUUGCACACUGAGAUCUUCAGUACUCAAGGCAAACCAGCUAUUGCCCACCGUGAUCUGAAAAGUAAGAACAUUCUAGUGAAAAAGAAUGGAACCUGCUGUAUAGCAGACCUGGGCUUGGCAGUUAAAUUUAUUAGUGAUACAAAUGAGGUGGACAUACCACCAAACACCCGGGUAGGAACAAAGCGCUAUAUGCCUCCUGAGGUGCUGGAUGAAAGCUUGAAUAGGAAUCACUUCCAGUCAUAUAUCAUGGCUGAUAUGUACAGUUUUGGACUCAUCCUUUGGGAGGUAGCAAGGAGAUGUGUGUCAGGAGGAAUAGUUGAAGAAUACCAGCUUCCAUACCAUGAUCUUGUGCCCACUGACCCCUCCUACGAGGACAUGCGGGAGAUUGUAUGCAUCAAGAAGCUCCGUCCCUCAUUCCCCAAUAGAUGGAGCAGUGAUGAGUGCCUAAGACAAAUGGGAAAACUCAUGACAGAGUGUUGGGCUCACAAUCCUGCUUCUCGGCUCACAGCCCUGAGAGUAAAGAAAACACUUGCCAAAAUGUCAGAGUCACAGGACAUUAAACUUUGAUUCAACAACAGACAAAAAAA